CUUUAGUCUUUGCAUCGUGAGCUCCAGAAGAACCUCACCGAUCCAGCAGCAAAGUGAUGUGAAAAAGAAUAAAGGUGCCAACUCUGAAGGCUCAGCUGGUUCAGAAAGGUCCUCCAUCUGCAAAGGUGGUGCUAAAGUCUUGGCAACACACUGAUAACUUGGACUGUCAAUGACUUAUCGUACAGGCCCGAUCUCAACACAAGUACAAAGCAGCGAGCGAUGAGGAAGAAAGAAAAGAAGUGUUUGUCCAAUCAGAGAUGCAGAUGGCCGCUGAAGACAUGAGCACCAGCCAAUCUGGCGCCGGGAUGAUUUUUGCUCGCCAGCUUCUACACAACAAAUCAAAUGUGACCCACAAUUAAACAAUUAUUACAGUUUACCUAGACAAACAUACUGCCAAUGAAGAGAUACAACUCCUUUAUAAGCUCGUUUGUACUUCUGAUCUGAUCCGAAGUCUGACUCUAAACUACGCUAAGGAGAAGCUAAACCGUUCAACAUGCUGUGACCACACCUCAACGAAAGCAUACGCAAACCCUCAAGUCAUUGCAAAAACAAACCCUUACUCGCAACUGAGAUUGGAAUUGGUCCGUUUGAGUCAAUGUUAGAUGGUAGGCGUCUCUGGUCGGCUUUCUCCAAUGGAUAUUUUGACACCAUCCCAAAUGGCCCAGAGGACAGGAGCGAGACGACAGACACAUAAAGUAACAGGAGGUUCUUCUUCAUCGGCGGUCCUGUCCACAGCCAGCUCCUUCCUCUGCUGGCUCGCCCUGCUGUCAAUAAUCCGGUUGCCAAUGGUAACAGCUGACUGCUGGCUCAUUGAAGGGGAGAAAGGCUUUGUGUGGCUGGCCAUCUGCAGCAUGAACCAGCCGCCUUAUGAGGCCAUCCCCGCCCACAUUAACAGCACUAUUGUCGAUCUGAGGCUGAAUGAGAACAAGAUCCGGUCGGUUCAUUACUCUUCGCUCAGCCGCUUUGGUAACCUCACCUAUCUAAACCUCACCAAGAAUGAUAUCAGCUACGUGGAAGAUGGGGCAUUUUCAGCACAAUUUAACCUGCAGGUUCUCCAGAUGGGUUUUAACAAAUUGAGGAACCUGACAGAGGGGAUGCUGCGUGGCCUCGGCAAGCUGCAGUAUCUCUACCUGCAAGCCAACCUCAUCGAGACUGUUACACCAAACACCUUCUGGGAAUGCCCCAACAUCGAGAAUAUAGACCUCUCCAUGAACCGGAUCCAGGUUCUGGAUGGCAGUUUAUUCUCGGGGCUCACUAAACUCACCACCUGUGAACUUUACACCAACCCCUUCAACUGCUCCUGUGAGCUUUUGGGUUUCCUGCGGUGGCUCUCAUCCUUCCCUAACAGGACCAGUGAGAGGAUGGUGUGCGACUCCCCGAAAGGAUUCUCUGGAUACAACCUCCUGAACCAGAACCCACACAUGCCUAACCAAGGCAACGCCCUGUACAUGCUCAGUACGGUGUGUACAGACGAAGGCAGCAGCGUGACGCCCUACAUCCUCAUCGGUUUGGGCGACUCCACCACCCUGCCUCCGGACUUCGCCUCUCCCUGCGGAUUGGACGACUGUUCUUCCGGGACUCCUCCUGAUGACAUCAUCAACCCGGGUCCCAUCCUCUCUGACAGUGAUCCAAUUAUGACAAUAAAACAGGUGAUGCACUCGAGCGCUGUGAUAACGGUUCAGAUCCCUCAUCCGUACAGGAAAAUGUACAUCCUGGUGCUUUACAAAAACAGCUUCUUCACCGACAUCCAGACUCUGAAAAAAGAGAGAGAAGAUAUUGAGCUGAAGCAUCUGAAACCCAACACAGACUACACAUACUGUGUGGCUUCGAUAAGAAACUCCCUGCGCUUCAACCACACCUGUCUGACCAUCUUCACAGGAAGAAGAGUGGAACCAAGGAUGGCCAACCAGUCGUCAGCCACACACUACAUCAUGACGAUUCUGGGCUGCUUGUUUGGCUUGCUGCUCUUCCUCGGCCUCGUCGUUCACUGCCUAAGAAGGAAAAGGAUCAUGGAAGAAAAAGAGCGAAAGAUGAGUCGGAUCCAGAGGACUUUGAUAGAGCUGAAGUACGGAGGGGAGGAGAGUAUAGAGGGAGGCAGUGGAGGAUCCCAGAAGCUUGCCUCUGGGGACAGUCUGUCCAGAAUGCCCUACCUACCUCAGGGUAGUGAGAUAGAUCCAUACAAGCUGCAGGAGGUGAUAGAAACACCGGUGCACAAGCCUGCGAAGCUCAAUUACAUGGAGGUCAGAGGAUCUGGUGUGGAAAGGGAGAGAGAAAGAGAUCGAGAGAGGGAAAGGGAAAGAGAAAGAGAAAGGGAGAGGGAAAGAGAAAGAGAGAGGGAGAUGUCGCCUCAGGCUAACCCACAGGGCUCCGUCGCAGAGAUCUCUACCAUCGCUAAAGAAGUUGAUAAAGUUAACCAGAUUAUCAACAACUGCAUAGAUGCUCUGAAAUCAGAGUCCACCUCCUUCCAACAGGGGAUCAAGUCUCCGUCCUCUGCAGGUGGAGGGGCCGUGUCGACUGCAGAGCCACAGCUGGUGCUUCUGUCUGAACAGGGCGGAGAGAGGGGAGACAGAGGAGGGGAGUUCCUGUCGCCGGUGUACAAGGGAGGAAGAGGAGGCCGAGAGGAGAGGGGGAGGAGCUACCACCACUCACUGCAGCGACACCACAGCAUGGAGGCUCCCCCAACCUCCAAACGACCCAGCACCUCCUCCUCUCCCGGCUCGGCCCGCAGCCCGCGCUCCUUCCGCUCCGAGGGAGGCUACCACUCCUCAGAGACCCGCUACAUUGAGAGGACCUCGCCCGGAGAGAGAGGGGAGAGGGGGGGCGGAGGAGGGGAGGCCAUCCGCACCACCACUCCUGCGGCCGCCAUCUUAAGAGCCGAAGCCCAGAGAAUCCGCCAGUACAACGAACACCGCCACUCCUACCCCGGCUCCCAGCAGCACCUCCAGGACCUGCAGCACCACCCCCAGAUCCUGCAGGAACUCCACCACCACCCAGGAGGCAGGAAGCCGUCCGUGUUAGAUCCCCUCACUCUGAGCAGGCAGGCCAAGCAGCGGGAACUGGCUUACUCCCAGCUCUCGCCACAUUACCCACUGUCGCCUCAGUACCACAACCUCAGCUACUGCUCCAGCCCAGAGGAAGACGAAGAGGAGGAAGGGCUCCUGUGCACCCCGACUCUGGGGCUAUGGGAGAGGUUCAAACUGCACCGCAAAAGGCACCGGCAGGCGUCCAUGGAGGAUGAGGGAUAUGUGGCGGCAGGGCACGCGUUGAGGCGAAAGGUCCAGUUUGCCAAGGAUGAGGAUCUUCAUGACAUACUGGACUACUGGAAAGGGGUCUCAGCACAGCAGAAGGCCUGAAGACCCUAACCAGUAUGAAGAUGGAGAAUAACAACACUGCACCCAUAACAUAUUGAUACAAAUACACAGUGCAUAAAAAGACCUGUAAAUACAAACACACACAGAUUACAGGAUAACACACACAUCUACACACAUACACACACACAUAUAUAUACUGGCUCACAUUUUACACAUACUAAGCUUUUGCGUCUGAGAAUACAAAGGAGGACCAAACUAAUAUAUUAUAUUGAACAAUUAAAAUCAUAACUUCUAGAGAGACUGAGGUACUUUUUGUAAUGUAUUGAAAAUUAUAGCUCAGAAUUAUGUAGCUAUUUGUACUAAGUUUUGACUGACGAAAAAAGAAGAAUCAAUAUAACGAACCUUAAAUGUUGCCGGGCGACCCAUCCUGAACAGCCUGGCUACGCUUCUAAUUGGCCUUGAGACUGACAUUCAUCAGAGCUGACCACAGCAGAUUAACCUCAUUACAGCAGUGGACUGAGCAAGAUUUCUCUUUUCAGAAGGUAAUUUUUGCAUCGCGCCCUGCGAUACAGCUACAAGGGCAGACAGUUUAGAAGAUUUGCUGUGAUUCGAGACUUAAAACAAAGUCAAAAUGACACAUUCUGGAUGGGUCACCAGGCAAAAGUAAUGUAUGGAGCUAAUUUCCUAACAAAAUAUAAUAAACAAAACAUGUUUUGCAAAGGCCUACAAUUCACUAACAACCACAGUGUGGUUUACAAGUGCAAAACUUUAACCAACUACAAAACAUACAAAUAAAACAAACGUAUUUCAAACACAUCACAUUUCAGAAACGACUACAUAUGAGUACAAAGAAAAUAAUGUGACUUUUGGCCCAAUCUUUCCACUGUGUUUGUGCAGAUAAUUUUCUCAAACAUAUCCACAGUAACUCACCUUCCACACAGUAGGUGGCGCUAUGAGUCAACCUAAGUAUGUCAGUGAGAGGGCAGCUGUGUUUAGCUCAACGGCCAAUAGGCAGUGAGUUAAUGUGAAGGUGCUGUGUCC